ACAUUCAGUUGUCCCCUUCUUGUCUAAUGAUGACUCCCAAAGCUUUCUAACCUCAGUCCCUUUCCUCGGAGCCACUUCAUAUUGUCACUUGUGAGUGUGACAUUGCAACUGUAUAUCUGACUAGUACCUUGAACAUAUUAAUAUUAUAUCCUUAAACUGACUAACUACCUCCCUUCCUGAGCAGCUCUUCCUGACCUUCCUCCUUUCCAGUUUUGAAAUGACAUGACUAGUUCCUCAGUCACUCGGCCUUAUCCUUUUAGUAAAUGAUCUUUGAUUCCUUUUUUCCUCAUGUCUAAGUAGUCACCGAUGCCUAUUGAUUCUACCUGAACUUUGCUUUCACCCUUCCUCUUUCUCCUCUCCCGCUGUUCCCUUUCUUUCUACUCUCCAGCCUACAUCAGACAUUUCUACUUGCCAAGCUGGAUUAUUGCCGGUCUUCUUAACUCUCGUCUCCCUAGUAUGCUGUCCAGCCAGCCUGCCUCACUGGCCUUACCUUCUAUCAUAUGUACCCCAUGUGUUAGGAAGCCGGGCUGCUGAUAUUUCAUUAGACUUGGUAUUUUCCUUCUACACUUAAAGUAUUGCUAUGGACAGCAACCAUCAACAUAAUUACAAACUCAAUAAAACUGAGAAGAAAUUCUUAAGGAAACAGAUUAAAGCCAAGCAUACUUUGCUGAGACAUGAAGGCAUUGAAACAGUAUCCUAUGCCACUCAGAACCUGGUUGUUGCCAAUGGUGGUUUGGGAAAUGGUGUGAGUAGGAAACAACUGCUCCCGGUUUUAGAGAAGUGUGGACUGGUGGAUGCUCUCUUAAUGCCGCCCAACAAGCCCUACUCAUUUGCAAGAUACAAAAAUACAGAAGAAUCCAAGAGAGCUUAUGUUACUCUCAAUGGAAAAGAAAUAGUGGAUGAUUUAGGACAAAAGAUCAUUCUGUAUUUGAAUUUUGUGGAAAAAGCACAAUGGAAAGAGUUGGGGUCUCAAGCCUUACCACCAGGCCUCAUGGUAAUAGAGGAAAUAAUUUCUUCUGAGGAUGAGAAAAUGCUUUUGGAAAGUGUUGAUUGGACAGAAGGUACAGAUAAUCAAAAUUUUCAAAAAUCCUUAAAACACAGAAGAGUAAAGCAUUUUGGUUAUGAAUUCCACUAUGAGAGCAACAAUGUAGAUAAAGAUGAGCCAUUACCUGGAGGUCUUCCUGACAUUUGUAAUAGCAUUUUGGAGAAAUGGGUGAAGGAAGGUUACAUUAAACAUAAACCUGAUCAACUGACCAUAAAUCAGUAUGAACCUGGUCAUGGAAUUCCUGCUCAUAUUGAUACACAUUCUGCUUUUGAGGAUGAGAUCGUUUCUCUCAGUUUGGGGUCAGAGAUUGUCAUGGAUUUUAAGCACCCAGAUGGUGUCACAGUGCCAGUUAUGCUGCCUCGUCGGAGUCUGCUGGUGAUGACAGGAGAAUCUAGAUACCUUUGGACCCAUGGAAUCACACCCAGAAAAUUUGAUACUGUUCAAGCAUCUGAGGAUCACAAAAGUGGAAUUAUCACCAGUGAUGUUGGAGACUUAACUUUAAGCAAGAGGGGAGUACGGACAUCAUUUACAUUUAGGAAAGUGAGGCAAACACCUUGUAACUGUAGUUACCCUUUGGUCUGUGACAGCCAGAGGAAAGAGACUCCUCCCUCAUUUCCAGAGAAUGAUAAGGAGGCCUCACAGCUGGAGCAAGAGCACGUCCACCAAGUUUAUGAGGAGAUUGCCAGGCACUUCAGCAGCACAAGACACAGCCCGUGGCCACGCGUCGUAGAGUUUCUGAAGGCUUUGCCAAGUGGUUCCACAGUGGCUGAUAUUGGAUGUGGGAAUGGAAAGUAUCUUGGCAUCAAUAAGGAGUUAUAUAUGAUUGGUUGUGAUCGUAGCCAAAACCUUGUGGACAUUUGUAGAGAGAAGCACUUUCAGGCCUUUGUCUGUGAUGCCCUGGCAGUACCAGUCCGCAGUGGGUCUUGUGAUGCCUGUAUCUCCAUUGCUGUUAUUCACCAUUUUGCAACAGCAGAACGUAGGGCGGCAGCUCUCCAAGAACUUGUUCGACUCCUGAGACCUGGUGGGAAGGCACUCAUUUACGUCUGGGCAAUGGAACAAGAAUAUAAUAAGCAGAAGUCCAAAUAUCUUAGAGGAAACAGAAUUAGCCAAGGAAAGAAAGAGGAGAUAAACACUGAUACCUCAGUGCAAGGGUUGCAUAUGGACCAAAUGCCUGACAUGGGCAAUCAAGACUUAGCAUCUUCUGUCCCCUCCAUUAAUGACUUUCAGGAGGGAGGAUGUGAUUCAAGGAAAGUUACAAAUUCCAAGCUGCCUAUUCAUACUAACAGGACUGCUUUUCAUUCUCAAGAUGUACUGGUUCCCUGGCACCUUAGGGGAAACCCUGAUAAAGACAAACCUGUUGAGCCAUUUGGUCCAGCAGGAUCCCAUGACCCAAGCCCAGUGUUUCAUCGUUACUACCAUGUGUUCCACGAGGGAGAAUUGGAAGCUGCCUGCCAGACUUUGAGUAAUGUCAGCAUCCUGCAAAGCUACUAUGAUCAGGGAAACUGGUGUGUGAUUCUGCAAAAGAUCUGAUUAUUUACAUGAACAUAUUGUAUAUAAAGAAGAAACAUUCAGCUUUUUUUUUUUAAAGAAAAGGAGACAAUAUUAAUUAUCCUUGUAAUUAAAGAGAAAACUUGUGGGAAAGAACCAAAGGAGAACUCCUGAGAGAAAUUUGGAAGUAGAGAUUUGUUAGGAAACAUUCGAUCUGCUGCUGUCAACUGACCUCAGAGUGUUGGCUCCUCCGACAUUCCUGCUAGGGAUGGUUUCUUUUUCUUUUUUAAAAAAUUUUUUUAGAGACAGAGUCUCGCUGUGUUGUCCAGGCUAGUGUCAAACUCCUGGCCUCAAGCGAUCCUUAGGGAUGGUUUCUAAAAGUGAUUGAUGUAGUUUGUGCGAUGUUUGUGAUACUUAGAUUAGAGUACUACAUUUUGAAGAUAACUUUUUAUUAUAAAAUGUUACUAAAUGUAAUAAAUCAUGCAAGAUUUUAGUGAAGUAAUUAUACAACAGUUUAAUAAAGAAAAUAUCCU